AUGGCAACAAUCCUGGAGUCUCCAGCGGCAUUUGAAGCAAGAGCACUGGAGCAUGGAAUCACGACAGAACAGUUGGACAGACUCAAAGCGAAGGGCUUGACAAAUCUGUCCAAAUUGGCCUUUUCCAUCUCGACACCAGGAACUAGUCCGGAAGAUGAAUCCCUGAAAUUGUUGGUCCACGAUGAUCCAGAUUUGGUCACUGUAGGGCAGUUGGCUUCAAUCAGGAGGCUCAUGUUUGAUGCACAGACACUUUGUGCGGCACAGGUGAAACACAUUCUGGCAGGGACAGAAUCUACUCGAACAUCAGAACUUGUCCCAGCAGAGCGAGCCCAGAGGAUUGAAGCCCAGAGAGCCCGACUUGCAGGGAUGGAGCUCACUGGGCCAUUGGAAUGCUCCCACCAAUCAUACUCCUACGUUGGAAAGAUGGUAGAAGCAAACGUUCCGCAUUACCUGGAACCGCACCGGUUCACCACAAGGGCUUCUGAAGUUGCAAAGGAGAAGCCGGGCAAGGAGCUCAUCCUGGAUCAAUCGAACCUGGUGGUCAAAGAUGUGGAGCGAAAGGAUCGAUGCACCCUACAAGGGGACUUACAGGUGUUCCAAGCGCUCACUCGGCGCUCAUUGGCUUGUGAUCUGAUGGGGGUCUGCUCUUUCAAGAACAUGGAGCGGUGGCACCGUUUUCUCAUGGAUGCUACGCAGAUUGCGGCGCCAGGAGGAUACAAAUCUCCGACCACCGAGCAGAUCCUCCGUGCCGACAGAGCUGCAUGGGUGAGGAUGGCAGAGCUUGUGCCUAGUCUCAGACGGCAAGCGGAUGGCACAUUGCCGUUGGAUGCAGCACUUGAUGCACUGCGCACAGAUCCCACCGUGGUGUUCCACAUGAUGCCUUUGCCAGCAGCCACCAGCAAGCCAGACAAGCCAGUGCCUCCGAAGCCACAACCAGUCAAGAAGGAUACGCCAAGCAACAAGGUGCCUGGUGGCGGCAAGGCCAAGGGAAAGGGCAGAGGCAAGACCAAGAGCAGCAAAGGACGUAUGCCGGCUGAACUUGUUGGCCUUCACCAAAACAUGAAGAAUGGCAAACGUCUGUGCUACAAUUACAACCUGGACAAGGGUUGCUCCUAUGCGGAGGCAGGCAAAGAGUGCAUGAAAGGGGCACACUUCUGCAUGCGAUGCCUGGGCCAGCACCCUGCUCAUGAGUGCCCAAACAAGCCGGUGGGUUGCCGAACUGUCAAGCGGAAACAGACAUGUACAGACGAUUUUUCUUCACAACUGGCCAGUCGCAUCAAGGGCAAGCCCUUUUCUCAAUUGCUGGUCAUUGAAAUUUUUUCCGGAACCGGUGGGCUCACUGCCGCUGUCCGCAAAUUGGGCAUGACACAAUCUCUGGGUGUCGAUGCACACGUCACGAAACAGGUGAAGGCACCCAUCAUCAGGAUCAAUCUGGCCGAAACAACAGGCCAACGCCUGCUUUGGAAGAUCCUUGACAAUGACAAUGUGGUAGCAAUUCACAUGGGACCUCCUUGUGGUACCUCCAGCAGGGCUCGCGAAAUCAAGAAGGGCAAGCGGUACAAUCCUCCGUCGAGUACCCGCACCAACUCUGUCAAGCCUGGGCGCAAUGCCUCAGGAGGUGCCUCCUGGAAUAUGGUGCUGUUGAACCAGCACAAGAGCUUGGCACGGAUACGGAUAUUCCCUUGGUGCAAGCCAGCCGUGCAGCAACUGGCAUCCAACCAAGGGGUAAGAAACUUAUAUAGACCCCUGAUGCGGGAAUAUGCCAACCUUAUCACAGUGCGGGGUCCUCAACAAGCCUUGUUGCAGUUGCCCAUCAAAUGCAGUACAGAUUUACAUCUGCCCAAGCAGUGCUCCUUCACACCUUCAGUGCCCUUGAUACCUGCACAAGCCAAACGGAUCAGGCCUCCAUACCAAAUUGGGGACAAGGCGGAGUCUGAUCAAUGGGAAACAAUUUAUGGGGUCGCCUGGACGCAUGAAGCCUUCAUCAAAAGGGCAGCAGGUCGAUCCCAUCCUGGUCAUUUUCUUGAUGGAGUUCACCCGGUCCUCAAAAACAUGUUCGAAGACGAAGCCCUGAGAUCCACUGCUGACAGAGCCAUCAAGCGAUCAGAGCAGAUGAGGAGGUGGAUCAGCAGGGCCCAGGAACUGGAUGCAAUGGGGGUGGAUGGCAAAGAAGACUCGCCAGCCCACGCUCGUGACAAUCUUACCAAGAAAAACCUACGGCUUUUCCAUGAGAUGAUAGUUGCCUCGGGAUCUCCAGAUGUUGGGCUUGCUUCAAACAUUGCCCGUGGUUUUGACCUCAUGGGCGACAUCCCUGUGGGGUCCAUCUAUCCUGGAAAGGCCACCCAUGCCACUCUGCUCCCUCAACAGGUGCGAGAGAUGUCCAGCACGGCUCGUGCGGCCAUUUGGGAAGCUACAAAGAGAGCUCCAGAGCCUAUGGUUUCUGAGGAGGUGUACAAAAUCACCAUGGAGGAGCGUGACAGGGGUUGGUUGCGUGGCCCCCUUUCAAUGGACCAACUUCCACGAGAUGCGGUGUUGUCAAGGAGAUUCGGGGUCAAGCAAACCUCCACCUUGGCCGAUGGUAGCAGGAUCACCAAGGUCCGACCGAUAGAUGAUUUCUCUGAAAGUCUUGUGAACUCCACCAACUCAUGCAAGGAGGCGAUACAGCCCAUGGGUGUGGAUGCCAUACUUGCGGCUCUGGCGUUUCGAGAUCAAGCCUGGGGCAGAGAGGAGUUGCGGGCCAAGACAAUUGACUUGAGGAAGGCCUACAAAAACCUGCCACUUUCGGAGGAGGCAACAGGGGAUGCAUACUUGUGUGUCCUGUGCCCGACGGAUGGGCAACCGAGAGCCUUCCAGACCCUUGUGUUGCCCUUUGGCGCCAGGGCGGCGGUCAUGGGUUUCUGCCAGACCUCCUACGCCAUCUGGAGGAUUGGGGUGUCGAUCUUCGCCCUGCACUGGACGGUCUUCUUCGAUGACUAUUACUUGGUUGCCUCUUCACCUGAAAUCAGGCAUGUUGACAUGGCACAGCAAUUGCUGUUCAGGCUCCUGGGCUGGGAAACCUCCUCGGAGAAGGAGGGUGACUUCCUGGCGAUCUCUAAGAUUUUGGGGUACAGAUUGACCUCAACGAGUCAAGGUCUCCACAUGCAGCACCUUGGGCGUUGGGAACAUGCCAUGGGUGAGACAGCAGUCGAUGUGGAACUAAGGGCCAGCUUGGAGUUUAUCAGAGAUCGGGUCAUCUGCGGGGAGCCUAGGAUGGUUGAUGCCAGCAACGGCCGUGUCUUCCAUCUGUACACUGAUGCCUGCUACGAAGAUCAAUGUGGUGGUGUUGGUGGUGUCCUGAUUGAUGGGAGUGGAACCAUGCUCUCAUACUUCUCGGCACAGAUAUCUCGGGAUCAAACCGCGAGGUUGAAUCCCCUCAACAAGGACACAAUCAUCUUUGAGCUUGAAGCCCUGGCAGCCUGGCUGGGAGGACACAUCCUACUUCCAUCUGCGGCCAUCCAGCCAAACGAUAGAGUGGUAGUCUUCCUUGACAAUGAUGGUGUGCUUGGUCGUAUAAUCUCUGGCAAGAGUGGGCUUGGAUUGGAUGGCGCAAUCAUCAAUGGAGUUCUUGAAUGGGAAUAUUCGCUCAAAGCACUUGUCUGGUACGAACGAGUUCCUUCAGCUGCCAAUAUUGCAGACCCACCUUCUCGGGGUGAACUUGCUGGCUUCCGUAAAGAACUGAGGGUAGAACUGGACAUUGACUGUGCUCUGAACGAACUCCUGGACUCAAGCCGUGAUAAACCCUUAUUGCAUCAAACGUUGCCAAGUGUGUCCGACUCAAUUUUCCCUGUUGUGCCUGACCUCAUGCCGCCGUCGCUGCAGCUGCUGUUGCGACCUGUGCUGCUCAUCGAGGGCUGCGAAGCUCGCCUGCAGGCCAAUCUCGACUGCCUGCAGACCAUGGCCAACGAGCUUCCCACGAGCUUCGAUCAGCCUCGCCUUCAUCUGAACCAGGCCAUCCGAUCUGUCAAUUUGGGUCGCGAGGGUCGCCGAGCGAAGAACCGGAAGCAAAUGGGCCGAAGAAGGCAGGAAGGACUUGCGUUGGGACCCAACGCUUCCACUGGGGUGACCCAGAGCUUUCAGCAAAUCGAAGUAGAUGGGCGAGAAGUGACUUUGCGAGUCUUCCUGCCUGCGGAGAAUGGAGGAAAGAAGCAAAAACCGCCGGCCGUGGUGAUGGUUUGUGGCUUGUUGUGGCUUGGUGAGGGCCUUCUGGGCUUCAUCGGUCUGAACUUCAACGACGCCUUCGGCUACGCCUUCGCGCGCCAGGGAGUGCCGUGCGUGCAGAUCCAUACACCGCAGCGUCACAUUGCUCAAACUCGAGUGAUGGAACUUGCUCUUGCCGCGUGCUCACCCUUGUACGUGGUGCCAGGUUUGCGCUUUCUGCUGCUGGCUUCAGACAUUUGCAUGUUGCUCACUUCCAAGAUGGAUAUUUGGCUGCUCCUCUUGGCUGUCGUGCUGCCUGGCAUUUUGGAUGCAGUGGUGGCAACUUCUUUGGCCGUUCCGAUGUUGCUCUUGGGGCCUGUUGGUUGGUUCCUGUCCUUUGCCAAUAUGGCUGCUGGACUGGUAAUAGUGCCCCUACUCCAUUGCGCAGUGCGGCUGGGGCAGUACAUGCUUGGUGAGCUCGAAGAUCGCAGCAACUACCGGAACUAUUUGAAGGAGGUGGAAGCUGCUGUGACUUGGGCCGAGAAACAUCAAGCGCUACUUGGGAACGAUGGCCGCCUAGUCCUUUGCGGCUACUCCUCCGGAGGUCACGUGGCUUCUCUGUACGGCCUGGAGCAAUGCGUGGUCCCAACCAAUGGUAAACGCCGCUUUGAAGCUGUGGUCUUGGUCUCAGGCAUCUACGACUUGCGGACCGCGAGCUGGGAGGGCGUCAAGCGAUUUCUGGCUCCGAUCCACAACAUGCUCUACGGAGACAUCAUUGCUGCCGACUCCGAUGCGAAGCGCGCUCAGGUGUCGCCGGCCGCAGUUCUGCAAACGAAACAGCAAAAGGAUCUGGAUCCAGACUGUGCUUGGUGGGUCCUGAAUGCCAAGAAGGAGCUCAUGGGUCUUCCGAUCUUUGAAGAGAUCCUCUUUGACAGUUCCACAUUGGUGGCAGGGCUCAAGGCCAAAGGUGCCACCGUGAAGCGAGCGGAGUGCGGCUACAAUCAUUGGCUGCUGGUGUUUGGUUUUCCGUCCUUCGCUGCUUCGUUCUGCGAGGGAUUGUCAUAG